UAUUUCCAACAUAAACCCUAACAACUUUCUCUAACUCCUGUUCUUACUCUAUCUGCUCAUCUACCCACUUCCUUCAAAUCGGCGACAAAGACGUAGUAACUGAAAAAAUCAAAUCUUUUAGAUGUGGAAUUCCAAAUACUUCAAAUUCCAGAUUAUAGUUCCUUUCCAGGAAAAUCUUAGAUAGUAAGUCUCUGCUCUGAUUCCAAUAGAAUCCUCAAUUUCAUGUUCAAUUUUUGUGCUAAUUGAAUGAUGCAUUGAAUGGAAGAUCAUAUUUCAUGCUUGAUCCGAUGGUACGAGCGUGGUACAUAGUUGGGUGUUGCCGGUGAUGAUGCCUUCAGUUGGGAUGAGAAGAACUACAAGGGUAUUCGGGGCGAGGGUGUUGAGGUCAGGCAGGAGGUUGUGGUCUGCACCUGUUGAAAGGAAGCAUGUGAGAAGGUCUGAGUCAGUCUCGAAUUCGGGACAGUGGAUUGAGCUUCUCGAUAAUUCUGGUGGAAACUGUCGUAGUGAUGAAGAUUCAACUGCAUGUCUUAGAAAUGGGUGUCGGCUUAUUGAAGAUAUCAAUAUGGAUAGUGAUAAAAAGUCUGAGGAAUGCAAGUCUUCAAAGAUUUCUAGUUUAAUUGGUAAUAAGAUGUGGGGUGCUGUUUAUUAUAGAAAAAGAAGGAGGACUGAUUCAGCAAGUACAAACUUUGAUGGCGGUAGCAGAAAGAAGAGGGCUACCUGGAGAAAUGAGGGAAUUGUUAGUUUACCCUCCCCAGAAGCUGAGACAUGUAAUUACCUCGGCUCUGGUAGACUUAGAGUGCUGGCUAUUGUGACUGAACCUGGUUCUAGCAAUGGAAGUUAUUGGGUAGCUUGCCUUUUGAAUAUGGUUUUAAGGUACAUGGCGAAGGCUAAAGUUCGGUUUCAACAGCUUUCAGCUUUUAUGCUAUCCAAUCCUCUAAAUCAGAUUUUCUCAAUUCACAACAUUCAUUUUUCACAGGACUCAUCCUUGAUCGGAAGACCUGGAAUUUGCCAGCUUUUUGGAGCCAAGUGUUUUAUUCCACAGUUUACAUUAUACUUCUCAGGGAUUCCAUCCUGCUUUUUUAGUUUGCAUUUAAGUAUGCAACUCAGAUCUGUAUGCCAUCUCCAUUUCUUGACAUAUCCAAAUGAUGAGGAUGAAAAUAAUUUUGAGGUUUCGGAUGACAGCAAUUCUGAGGAUUUGGAUGUUAAAGCAUGCAUACCUCCUUCCAAUAGUGAUUCUGCUGCAAUUGAGACCUUAACAGUCAGAAGUGGACGUUCUAGGAAGAAGAAAGUUACAGCUUCUUCUUCCCCUUCUAGGAGAAGCUGUAGAGUUCUUCAUCCUAGAAAUGGUGUUAAUUCCCGAAGUAAUAUCCGGAAGAGAACAUUUAUGCCUAGGAGAGUUAAGAAUACUCCGGCUCUUGGUGUUGGUGUAAAUAGAGCCAAUUUAUUUAGGUCUAGACAAAAUUGUAAGUCAUUGGCCUCUAUAACACUAAAUAGUGAAUGUAAAUUUUCUGUUCAGAGAAAGUCAGCAUCAACUUCAUCAAUGGAACCAACUCGAGUCAUGGAUUCAACCUCUUGCUCUGUCAAUGUCUUGGUUAUAGAACAAGACAGAUGUUAUAGAAUAGAGAAAGCUAUUGUUAAGCUAGAAGAAAUAUCUGCUUCUUCUAAACAUUGGUUUCUUGCAGUAAGGAAAGACAAUGUACUGAAAUACAGCCUCGAAGCACAUAAUGUUAUGAGACCCUGCAGUAAUAAUCGGGUAACUCAUGACAUUAUAUGGACAGAGGACAACAAUAGGUGUAAACUAGAGUUUCCCGACAGGCAAGACUGGUUCAUUUUUAAGGAACUUUACAGAGAGUGCUCUCAACGUAAUCUGAUGGCACCAGUUGUUAGUGCUAUUUCUGUUCCUGGUGUAAAAUAUUUAACAGGGUAUAUUGAUAGUGGUGAGGAUGUUCCCUUUGUAAGACCACAGUACUAUAUAACUUUAAAAGAUGAUGAGCUCUCGAGGACAUUGGCAAAGAAGACGGCAAUUUAUGAUAUGGAUUCGGAUGAUGAGCAGUGGCUUGACGGGUUCAAUGAUGUAAGUUCUGGAACUGGUGAGAUGAAUAAGGAUCUCUUGCAGGAUAGUUUUGAGCUAAUAAUAGAUGCUCUUGAAAAAACUUCCUUCUGUAAUCCUGAUGAUCAUUUUGGGAAGAAUACCCCACCAAAUCUUUGCCUUGAUUUGGGGGAAAAAGAAGUUGUUGAGUCUGUGUGCAAUUAUUGGAUGAGUAAAAGGAAGAAGAAACAUUCUCCACUUAUCAAGGUUUAUCAGUGUUACCAGCCAAGGAAACCGGAAGUACUACUCCCAAAUGCCAUUCUACGUAAAAAACGGUCAUUCAAGCGAAAACCAAGCCAAUCUGGUAGAGGCAAACAACGCUUUUUCAUGAAAGCCUUCGUAGCAGGGCAAGGCGACUGUCUAGUACAACAACAAGAAGCAGAUAAUGCGUUGCUUAAAGAAGUUAAAGAGUCAUCUACUAAAGUUGGUGGUGGUAAAUCUGAGGAGGAAGAGGAGCGAUUAGCGAUUCUGAAGCGUAAAAAAGCACAAGUUCUAAUGGAGAAUGCGGACUUGGCGAUUUAUAAAGCUAUGAUUUCAUUGAGAAUAGCCGAGGCAGCAGCUAGAGUUGUAGAAUUGACCGAUGUUGUUAUUGGCUCAUCAUUUCUGGAAGAGUAAGAAGAAGAUUUAAUCUUUUAAUAAAGAGGGAAGGAUGCUGCUAUAUGUUUGUUUGAUUAGUCAUGGCUGUUGUUUGUUUUAGUGAUAGGUAAGAUGGUAUGUACCUAUAAUAAUAAUAAUGUUGUGUACAGAUAGAGAUUGCCAAUGUUAAAUAAUCCUUGUAUUAUUUUCAUACAAAUCUCUGUAUUAUUUUAGGGUGUAAUUUGACAAAUUAAUUUAUGUAUUAGAAUUGACUAUUGAAAAUUAUGUUACUACUAUAUUAAAAUCA